GCUUUGCGUUGCGCCCGUUCUGAUCGACCGUACACUUGUGAGGGAGUCGAUAGAAGGAUACUCAAAGCGGAAAGAUUAUAACACGUUGUUUUUGUCCUCCAACAGGAUGGAAAACACCACCGUUGUCAGAGUGAAAUAUAAAGAUCAGAAGAAAUAUGUGUUUUCUCCAACAACAUUUACAUUCGAGUCAUUUUUGGAAUGUGUUGCCAGGAAAUUUGACCUUCCGACAAUGGACAUUAAAGUCUUUGAUGAGUCAAGGACCGAGGUUGAUCAGGAAGCUUUUGCAUACUUGAUGAAGCAGCCAGAUGUUCAUGUCCUGGAAAUUGAUAUCCCAGAGACAACAUCUGAAGAUUCUGUUAGCUCAGGCUCCCUUGCUGAUGCUGAGGCUAGUUCUGGAUCUGAUGACACUGUGAUACUGACCUCUAGCCCAAGACAAUCAAAGCAAGGAGAGGAACGUCGUCUUGCCCAAAUGGUUGAAGACAUCUUAAAAGGAAGCCCAGGAGGGGACAAGAUCAUGAAUGAAUAUGCUCGGACAAAGUACCUGUCAGAUAGCAGAAGGCGUGACCUGGUGAAGAUAUUGGUUGCUCAUAUGACAAAUGAACAUGGAACAAGCCCGCCUCGGCGUGUGAAGGAAGACUACGCACUGGGUAUCAUCUCCCUCUUCCCCUAUUUGGCUGACCCAAGGAGCAAGCUUGGCUAUGAACAUUAUUACAACGCAGAAGAUGGAAGUGGCUAUUUGGCUUGGAGAAUUAAAACUCUGCAGAAAGAAGCAUCAGAGGGACGAGUUAAACGUCCACGACCUUCACAAGCAGGUGGGCCAUCUGUUGAUAGAGAUCCUUGCAAGGAAGGCAAUUGGUUGAGCGAUGAACGCCAGUGUCAGGAAGCAAUUGCUCUGAUGAAGCACACAGCUGAUGAAUCGGUGGUGAAGGAAAAGAUGAGGUUGACCCUAGUCUAUCGCCAGAAGAUUCUGCGUGACACUGACAAAUCAACUGAUAUCCUAUCCAUUUUUCCAAGAUUCAUGGACAUACCAGGCCUGAUUGAGCAGGAUUUUGCACUUCUCUUUGGUGACUCAACCUCUGCAAAGCUGAUGGAGAAAUGGUCCACCAACAUAAAACCAAAAGUCAUUGCACAGAGCCGUGGCCUGACACAGACUGCGGAUCUCCAAGACCUCAUCCAGAAUGCUCUCUCUACUGAAGUUGAAGAAGGUUGGGACAGUGACAUGUCGUCCAUACUGUUGCUGGUCCACCUUCUACCACCCUCCAAUCCAGGGCGCAAAAGGCCAGGAAAGAUUUCCGCUCAUCGAGCCUGUGGUCAUGUGGUGAAAUUCAUCAAGACUGGUGCCAGCAUUCAGGGCCAUUUGGAGGGCAUCACACAGAGUGUCCAGCCAUAUCUACUUGCAGUUGGACCAAAGAAAAGUAUGAUCCAAUCUUACUUCAUUGUUGUUGACAAACAGGCCUUGCCAUGCAAGUCCUCCAAUUCACUGACUGCAUUCGAUGAGCUUUUUAAAGCUCAUUAUGUUUUCGGUACCACUUACUGCCAUGAGCUCACAAAUGUGUUCACUUUCUUGCAAACAACCAUCUAUGACAUAGAUGUUGAAAUUACCAAAGUCAAUCCAAGAGUAGCUGAGCUUAGAGCAAGAAUGCUGCAGUAGACAGAAUGAUUUUUUUCAUUUGACAGAAGAGUCAUGCUGAUUCUAAUAGCCUCAUACGGCACUUC